GUUCACCCAACAUAUCGCCGGCAGACAAAUUUAAAACAAUGAUGGGGAUACCAGAUUUUCUGGUUGCGCUGGUGAUCUGUUUGCUAAUUACGCAGUAUUUGAAGUCUCUGUGGAAGAGCCGUCAAUAUCCCUCCGGACCUAUUCUACUCCCUUUCAUUGGAAGCCUGUGGAAGGUUGGUUUGAAGCUUCGUCCGGAUAGUCUCUUGAAGAUUGCAAAAAGUCACGGAGACGUUUUCACCCUGUGGAUCGCGCACAUCCCGGUGGUUGUGUUGUCUGGAUUUGAAGCCGUGAAAGAUGCGCUGGUUGGCAAUUCUGAAGCACUCUCUGGGCGACCAAUGUUCCCCUUUUUUAAAGUUCUGGGAAACGAAAAGGGUAUUAUGUUCUCCAACGGUGAAACCUGGUGGCAGCAAAGACAUUUUGGGCAAGCUAUUCUGCAGAAGCUGGUGUUAGAGAAGAAAGAUCUGGAGCAUCAGAUAGGAGAGGAAGGCCGUCAGCUCGUGGAGACCUUUGCACAUGAAAAAGGGGAGCCGAUAGACCCUUCGCUGCAUAUUUUGCAUUCAGUCUCCAAAAUGAUUUGCGCUGCUGCUUUUGGACACCCUUUUCCCAUUGAGGACAAAGCCUUGCAUGAGCUGACUGAACAUAUUAAUACUAUUACAAAAUCCGGGUGCUCUGCUGGAGUUAUGUUAUAUAACAUGUUUCCUUCACUUAUGAAAUAUAUCCCUGGACCUCAUAAGAAAGCAAUCUCCUCCUGUGAAUUUAUACGGUCCUUUAUCCGGAAGGAGGUAGAAAACCAUAAGAAGAAUGGGCCUCCCCAUGAGCGCCAAGGCUUUGUUGAUUUCUAUUUGGCUCAACUGAAAAAAGAGAAAACGGACUUCACUUCUACAUUUGAUGAAGACAACCUGGUACAAAGUGUUGCCGACUUCUUCAUUGCAGGUACAGACCCAACAGCCGCCACCCUGUCCUGGGCGCUGCUUUUUAUGGUGGCCCAUCCUGAUAUCCAAGCGAAAGUCCAAGACGAGCUAGACAACGGUCUUGAAUCCUUCAAAGUAGUCUGCUAUGAUGAUCGGAAGAAAUUGCCUUAUACAAGGGCCGUGCUUAAUGAGAUCCAGCGCUUCAGCAACGUCAAGUUAUUCGGGCUCCCCAAACUGAGUACAGAGAGUGUCAACAUCGGUGGCAAUUUAAUUCCUAAGGAAACCCUGGUGGUCACAGAUCUAUGUUCGGUCCUUCUAGAUCCCGCUAAAUGGGAGACGCCGCAGAAAUUCAACCCUAACCACUUCUUGGAUAAGGAUGGAAAAUUUAUCAUCAGAGAUGAGUUCUUGCCAUUCGGGGCAGGGGAACGUGCAUGUUUGGGGAAGCAAUUCGCACGGACUCAGCUCUUCAUUUUCUUCGCAUGCCUCCUGAAAGUAUUUACGUUCCGCUUGCCCGAGGGAGUGAAAGAUGUGAACACAGAACCUGCAACAGGGUGUUUGGUACAUCCCCAUCCGUAUAAGAUCUGCGCAAUACCGCGUUAGGCUGAAGCACAUCAAAAUCCACAGAAGACAUGCUCGGAGGAGUUUAUUUUGUCGCUGUGACCUUUCCCACUACCUCAUUUUGUCUGCUUUUCCUUGCUUCACACCAUGUAUCAUUCCUUCUAUGGCAUAGUUGUUCUAACAGGUGCUAUAAAGAUACCACACUCACAGACCUUGGAAUCGGCAUUGUUUUGGAGAUGUGGGGAGAGACAUCGCUAUCAUUCUGUGUCAGAGGGGGAGGCAUGGCGGUGGGAGAGGGGUAUUUAUUUAUUCACUUCAAAAAUGUGUAUCCCACUUUCCAAAAGUGCCAUAUGGAAAGCUGGCUUGUACAAGUAACAAAACGGCAUCAGCAGUUCACAAAAGGUUUUUUGCGACACGAUGGACUACUGUAACUCGGUCUAUGUAGGGCUGCCCUUGGGCUCGAUCCGGAGACUUCAACGGGUCCAGAACGCUGCUGCAUGUGUCCUAACUGGAGCUUCGUGUAGGACACACAUUACGCCUAUCUUGCAGCAGAUUCACUGGCUCCCAGAUCUUAGUCCGACACGCUAACCACUACACCAUACUGACAGACCCUACUUUGAUCACAACCAGAUUAGACUCAGCAACAAUGCAUGGGGCUACCCUUGAGAACUGUUCUGAAGCUUCAGCUGGGGCAAAAUGUAGUCAGAAAUGGCUGGCUGAUGUACAUUAAAGCAUUCAUUUCUUACCCGGUGUAAAAAAAUAUAUCUAGGCUGCCAGUUUGCUUCUGGGCACAAUUCAAAGGGAUGGUUAUUACCCCAAAGGGACUGGGAUCUUGAAGGGCCACUUGCCUUGUAUGGACCUGUAUUAAGAUCAUAUUCAAAGGAUCAGUUAUGUGUUGCCUGGAGCAUGGCGAGUGUUUACCAGCCACAAGGCCCUGUCUUUUACGGAACCCCCUCCCUGCUGCAAUUCCACUGGUUCUCCAAUCAAGCCACCUGGCACAUCACAGGGGCUUGGCUCAAACCGGGCCAUUGUGGCAGAAGGAAAAAGUAAUGAGUGAUAAAUAGUGCAAUCCUAUGCAGAGUUAUUCCAGUCUGUGUCAACUGAUUUCAACGGGUUUAGAUUGGAGUGGCUCCGUUUAGGAUUGAAAAUAGCCUUGCAAACGAAGCGGAGCCUGAAGUUCUCCGAGCCAGAUUAAGGCUUGUGUUUGUUGACCCUGGCUUUUGUUAAGUGAUGUUGAUCCUUGUUUUUGAAGGUUUUAUUUUAUCAUAUUUAUAUCCCGCCCUCCCUGUGGACAGGCUCAGGGCAGCUCACAACAAUAUAAGUCACAAAAAUCCAUAGCUAAAGACGUCAAACAUGCCAAUACAAAUACGGUUUAUCCUUAUCUUUGCUGUGGGACAUUGCUGGCUGAACAAUCCAGCAUUUAUUGUUUCUGUUUGUAUACAUCUUAACAUUUUGUUCAUGUUAUCGUUGUUGCUGCCUUAUAUGUACAGCUGUUUUAAUAAUCUGUUUG